AUGUGGGUAAUUGCCCUUCAGCGCGGCAGCUUGCAUCGAGACCUUCUUCGACUACACAACAAAUAUGGCCCGGUGGUCCGAACUGCUCCAGACGAAUUGUCGUACAUCGACGCCCAGGCAUGGAAGGACAUCUAUACAUCACGACAGGGUCACGCGCCGAUCGAACGGGGCGGAGUAUGGUUUCGGAAGACGCGCCCAGACGAGCCUUAUAGCAUCAUGGGAAACGAUGAGGACCACCAUGCUCGAUAUCGAAGAGCAUUCAUGGGCGCCUUUAGCGAGAAAGCAAUUAAGGAUCAUUCAACGUUGAUUGAAAGGUAUGUCGACCUGAUGAUGCAGAGAUUUCGAGCCAUGGCCAACGAGAGCGGCAUUACCAAAGUCGAUAUUGUCUCAUGGCUAAACUUUGUAACGUUUGAUAUUUCGGGUGACUUGUCGUUUGGAGAAUCCUUUGGAAGCACAUUGACGGGGAACCCACAUCCUUGGGUUGACAUUGCCUGUCGCUUUGGAAAGGGUAUAGCACUAGUAGCCUCGAUCAACCAUUACGCACCGCUGCAAAGGUUGCUGAAACAUGCCAUGCCGGUCAAAGUCCGCCAGAAGAUGAUCUAUCAUCGAGAACUGAGUGCGCAAAAGGUCCGGCAACGUCUCCAGCUCCAAGAGCAAAGGCUAGACUUUGUCAAUGCGGUGCUCAAAUACAAUCAGGAGAAGGUGGACAAGGUGACAUCGGAAGAACUCGAGCUAAACAUGAGUGUCUUUGUCUUUGCCGGAAGUGAAACAGUCAGUUCGGCAGUUGCGGCUAUAUUAUUCGGACUGUUGGGAGCACCCAAGGCUAUGGCCCGGGUCAGCCAGGAGAUCCGAUCUGCUUUUAGUCGCGAGAACGAGAUCGACGUUGCCGCUACAUCGAAGCUCGAGUACCUGACGGCUGUGAUCAACGAAGGCAUGCGGCUUGGUCCACCCAGUGUCAUAGGGGUCCCUCGCGUUGUGCCAGUUGCCGGAGAAGACAUAUGCGGGAAAUGGGUCCCUGGCGGAACAUUUGUUUCGAUCAAUCAAUAUCCAGCAUUCCGAUCACCAACAAAUUUCAUUGAACCUGAAGAUUUUAUUCCAGAGCGCUUCCUUGGGAGGCAAAGUCCCGAAAAUAACCUGGCAGUCUUUCAGCCCUUCCUUGUAGGACGGCACAUGUGCAUUGGACAGAAAGUGGCGUGGGCGGAAAUGCGGCUCAUACUGGCGAGACUGCUCUACACUUUUGACAUCAGCUGGAACGCCACUCCAUCCAUCCAUGAUUGGGGGGAACAGCAGACAUUCAUUUUUUGGCAGAAGAACCCUCUUGAGAUUCGUUUGAAGCGCAGACGAGCCUGUAUACAAGGCACGGAAUGGUACAGUCCAUGCUGA